GGCGAGGAAGAAAAUGCAGAGACUGACCUCAACGAUUAGUGUCUCUUCUUCUCAUUAUGGAUUCUCCUGAGCCAACUGCCAAAACUACCACCGCCGCCUCUGCCUCUGCCUCCGCCUCCGCCUCCGGCGCCACCUUAGCUACUCCAUCAUCAGCUUCUCCAGUUCAAGAAUCUCCUUUCUCUAAUUUCCUUAGCAACCUAUCCCCUAUAGGGCCUGUCAAAGCACCCCAUGUAUUACAAGGGUUCUUGGGACUUAAUUCUCCUCCACUUGUAUUCACUUCUCCACGCAUAAAUGCACUCCGAGAAACAAGUUUCUUUAAAAGGUCUCCGUGUCCUCAGUUGCCCAGUGCAGAAGUGCCCCAACAUGAUGAUGGAGCCAGAAAGUCUGCUGAUGGUCCUGGUGAUCUGGAGAAAUCAGAUUUGUUAUUGCAUGGUGGGUUGACUGCCGUCACUCAUAAAGACAGUGAUAUAAAGUACUCAGUGCAAGUACAACCCAGCAGCCCCGCAGGGUGUGUGGAUGAAUACUUGGCUGAUCAUGUGGAGGUUGAUGGUGCAAACUCUACUUCUGUAGCUCAAAAUUCGAAACAGUCUUCCAAUGUGGUUCAGUUGUCACAAAGUGGUACAAGCGACUCAAAGAAGACCAUGUUAGAAUUUGAUGACCAAACUUAUAUGAAGAUGAAAGUGGUUGUACCUGAGGCUAUGCCUGGGGAAACUGAACAAAACAUUCAAGGAAAAACCACAUUUGAUUGUGAGCCAAACAAGAUUAAAGAUGAGAAAACAUGUGGAGAAUGGAGAUCUAAUGAAGGCUCAAAUAUUGAGUCUAACUUGUCUUUGGACCAUGCUUCCAGUAAGCAACAAUACGAAGGCUCAAAUGCUCAGGAUAUUUUCCUUUUUACCUUGCAGAAUGACGUGAGUGCCCAUGGGGAUGAAUCUAAUUGGCCCCCUCAAUUGCUGCCUGGACAAUUGCAGAUUGUUCAGACAUAUGAGCAUUCUGAAGAAAAUGCCGGAGCAAUCCCGUGUGCACUCGUUGAUAGUACAACAAAUGAUCCUGAGGCCAGUCAAAACCAACGUGGCAUGAGUAGGCGUUGCCUACAAUUUGAAGAAGCUCAACCUAAAGCUAUUGUGAAAAGCACAAAUCCUUCGGAUCAGGCAAAUGAUGUAACUGAUUCAAGAUCACCUGCUACCCCCCCAGAAUCGGAGAGCUUGGACUCGUCUUACUUGGAUUUAAGUGCAACUUUCAGCAAGAGGCAGCUGGUUAACUUGCCCCAACCAGUGACUCCCCUGUUUCCUCCUCGUCAUACUGGAAAGUCUCCCUUAACUAUUUCUAAGCCAUCAGGCAUUGGCCUGCAUCUAAACAGCAUUGUCAAUGCUUUGCCUAAGGGUCAUGCUGCAACAGUUGGUGUAAAAUUAACUACUGCUGAAUAUGGGAUGCUUGAAACUAAGACUUCAAUUGCUGUGAGUUCUAUGACUUCUGAAUCAUUUGACAACAUGCCUUUGCAUAUUUUGCCUCCGAUUGAACAUCAUGCAACUCCUCAUGCUAAAAGAAAGUAUAACUCAGAGCAUACUGACAGUUUUGAGGAGUUCAAUCAAACAAGCCCGAAAAAGAAAAGGAAGAAACCAUUAGGCACCAUAGAUGGUGAAGGUUGCAAACGUUGCAAUUGUAAGAAGACGAAAUGCUUGAAACUUUACUGUGAUUGUUUUGCUGCUGGAAUCUAUUGUGCUGAACCUUGUGCCUGCCAAGGGUGCUUUAACAGACCAGAGUAUGAAGAUACUGUUCUUGAGACAAGGCAACAAAUUGAAUCCCGUAAUCCACUAGCUUUUGCUCCCAAGGUUGUGCAGCAUGCUACUGAAUUUCCGGAUGAUGGAAACCGAAUGACACCAGCCUCAGCUAGGCACAAAAGAGGCUGCAAUUGCAAAAAGUCAAUGUGUCUGAAGAAAUAUUGUGAAUGUUAUCAGGCUAAUGUUGGAUGCUCAAGUGGAUGUCGAUGUGAGGGUUGUAAAAAUGUCUAUGGAAGGAAGGAAGAUUAUGUUGAAAAUGAAGAAAUGGUGAGCAACAGGUUGAGCAAAGACAGAUCAGAAGGAACAUUUGAGGACAGGCUAGAAACAAUAACAAACAAGAAUGAUUUCUUACAUUCUGAGUUGUAUGAUUCCCGCAACCUGACGCCAUUGACCCCGUCAUUCGAUUGCUCAGACCAUGGAAAGGAUGCACCAAAAUCUCGAAUUCUCUUUGGAAAAUGCAUUCCAUCACCCGAGUCUGAUCUUACCAUAUUGUCAUCUUAUACAAGAACACUGAGAUCUCUGGAAAAAUCAGAUUUUAAUGACAUGCUUCUUGAAACAAGUAAAGAAGUACUGGAUGUAGGUGCUUGUGGUCAGAGAAUGGAUUACAACAGCACAGACAUGACAGACCAGUUCUCUUCAAGAUGUGACACGCUAGCUGAUUUUCGCAAUCUCACUCCGCUGGAUUUUCCUUCAACAGCCAUGGCCUCCUCAACUUCAUGCAAGGUAUCUGACUGGACAAAUGCUUCAAGACUCCAAUUAUGCCCCAAAAGUGGUAGCCUCUCAUCAGGUAGUUCCCUUCGUUGGCGUAGUUCACCUAUUACCCCACUGACUCAGUCAGAUGGGACCAAGAAUCACCAGGAGCUUGACUCUGACAACAGGCUUUGUGACAUUCUGGAAGAUGAUACACCUGACAUUUUGAAAGAUGCAUCUACUCCCAUUAAAUCGGUUAAAGUAAGUUCCCCUAGUCGCAAGCGAGUUUCACCUCCUCACACUCGUGGGCAUGAGCUUAGGUCAAGCUCUUCAGGAGCCUUGAAAAGUGGCCGCAAGUUCAUAUUAAAGGCAGUGCCAUCUUUUCCACCUCUCACCCCUUGCAUUGAUUCCAAAGGAAGCACCAAUCAGAACAAAAGUGAUUUUCAGGAAAAGAAGAAAUAGCAACAAACGAUUGAUGCCCCGGCCAUGUGAGCAAACUCUUUCUAGGUGACAGUGGCGUUGGCUUGAUCUUGAGCUCCAGAAGUUAAAAUCUUUAGUUGAAGCUAUUGUGCCAGGUUUGGAUAUGGAGACCUCUAUUGACUUGGUACAAUAUUUUAUGUGCGAUUCCCUAUCACAAUCAUCACGUAUAGCUGUGCUGUAUAGGUGCUAGAGUAGCCACGUGUUCAAAGGAGCAGGGCACAGUUCAAUUAUAGAUACUUUUACUGCAUCGCCAGUUGUAAUAUUGUCUUUCUAUAAUUCCCUUUAUUUUGUCUUUGUUUAAAUUUAAAUGCCAUUAUUUCUUUGUUGAAUUGGAUUAUAUUGUUGUUAAUUUCUGUUGCAUAUUUCAUGGUUGGAGCAGACUAUUCUGGGAUAUCCGAUUCAACAGGGCAAAAUAAAAUCCACUUACUGAAUCAUGGUUGAA